AUGAAAUAAAAGAUUACAUCAUCGUUGAUAGUAUUCUCACUUUGCCUUUUAGCCUUAAACGCCAAGACAACAGGAUGCUUCGUAGCUUCAAAAGUGGAGUAAUUAUAAUUGUUUCCCACAAAGGGAGAAAAAUUGCAAAUUAAUCUUCGUGAUUAUCUUUUUGAGGGCGAAGACCUCACUUAUGAAUUAUAAGACACAUAUUUUAAGAUAGUUAAUCCAGUUGCAAAUACUGGAUAGAGUUCAAGUCACAUAUCACCUGCUUCGAAUAUCAGGGCAGUAAAGCCAUAUCACACAAAGAAAAUGCAAUCAUGGUUGAAUUCAUUUGUAUUCCUCGAUCAAAGUGCAACGGAAGUGUCCAUUUACUUUUCUGAAGGAACUGCAUUGAAUAAAAUUCCGACUCCAGAAUUCAAGACCAAGGUUAAGAUUGCAACUGUGGCUGACAGUCUACAGUGCUACGAUGUAGAAUACAUAGACAAUGAUAAAUUUAUAGUGGAUUGUUAAAGAGAAGUGACUGAGAAAUAAAUGACAAAAUAAAUUGAUGUAUUCUAUAUAUACUCAAAAUCAACAAAAAAAGUAACAUCGUUUGAUGAUGCAGCUUCUGUUAAAAUUUACAAUUAAAGACGCAUAGGAUUAUACUACUCGACAAGUGCAUUAGGAAAAGAAACUACAUUUGUUGUCAGAGUAACACCUACAUAUUCUUUGGACCCAACAUAAUAACUUUCUGGAAACUCAAUUGUUUAGGUCUAUGCAUUGAAUGACAAUUAUUAGCCCGUGGCCAGAAACUAUCUUUUAGAUAAUGUUACUAUGGCAUUUUUGUUGGGAAGAGCUGAAAUGGAACUUACUAUUGUGGAUUUCGAAAUCUCAUAUAAUGGAUUCAUUUUCCUUCAGGAUGCAUAACUUGGUCUCUUUGUGGUCAAAUUCUAGCCAACUGGAGCAUGGGAAUUAGUUGCUUAAGCUGACCUCCAAUUAGGAAGAGUAUAUUCCUUCGAUAUUGAUUAUGAACAUAAAAAGGAUGGAUCUGAAUUAGGUGUUAUUGCCAUCCUUGGAUACAACUCCUUUGUUGUUUUGGAUGAAGAAAAAUCAUAUGUUCAAAAUCUUCCAUUUUUCCAAUUGGAUUAUCCAGCCUCCAUUAAAAUAUCAUAAGAUAAUAUUAUUGUUAGAAAUGAUAAAUUGACUUAUUUCUAUAAACUUGAUGUGGACAAUGAUAGAAUCUACUUAAAUUACAAAGUAGAAAUCCCUGCCAAUGACAUCUUAUUAGUGAACCCAUAAGAACCAGAUCUGAUUCAAAUCAGCACUAAAAACUCCUUUAGACACACUAUUUCCAAUGGAUAUUUGUAGUUUUUGGGAAGUGAUAAGGUACAGUAGAAGAAGGUUGUGAAUAUCAAAGCCAAGUCUCCAAGCAAAUAAGAAUGCAUUGUUUAACUUGCAUAUCAAAUUAUUGAGGAUAAUGAAAAUUGGAUUUAUCAAUUGUUUGAUAAACCAAUGCCUUUUCCAAAGACAAUUGCAGAAGGUCAAACUCAAUCUAUUCUGUAAAAAUUAGCAUCAGGGCCAAACCUUCAAUAUAGAUAACUUAACCCAACACAAUUGGGAGGUGUAGAGAUUGCAACUACCAUUAGAUCAAGAGUUGAAUUAAGUUUAAAUAGUGAAUAACCAAAAAAUGUGAUCUACGCAGAAAUAAUAUCAACUUAAGAUGACACAGUCUUCUAUUAAGCAUUGUAAACCUAAGAUUUGAAAAUUUAAAUCUUGAGUUGUGUUCACAAUUCCAUUUAUGUUGAUGCCACAACCUGUGAAGUAUAUGUUGCCGAUUUGGGAAUCAAAACUAAAGUAAGCAAACAAAACUUUUCGAUUUGGGCUAAACAUGGCAUAUUAUAUUUCAUGUACGUUGAUGCCAUAUACAAUGUUGUAAUUAAAUCAAUACACAAUGGCGAAGUUACUCCAGUGAAAACAAUACAAUUGGACUCUACAGUCACUACAAAUAAGAUUUAAAAUAUCUUGAAUUGUGGAGAAUACCUUUUAGUCCAUACAGCUAAUAAUGAUAUCCACACAUUCCUUAUUUACAGACCUGAGCUCUAAGUGCUCUCAACAUUAAACAAAAACUCAUUCUCAUAAUAUGGCUACAACGAAGAUUGGGAACCAAAAGCUCUCUUCACUAACAAAAAGUUACAUCCAAAUAUACUCUUCAUUCAACACAAAAAUCAUAUCUUGAUCCUAGACAUAGAUUUUGGCUAUUUUUACUUCAUUAAAACCAUACAAAUUACUCCAAAUUUAGAUUACUCAAUUGCUAUAGGAAAAGAAACAUUCUUCAUUGUCUAAGGUAAAUCUGCUGAUACUGCCAAAGAUGCCUAAAUCUAUGAAUAUAACUUUGCAGAUAUCAAUAACGUCUAUUUGUAAAAGAAAUUGUACCUAUAUUGGUAUGAUAUUUCUGCUCCUUUAAAUGUUGACUUUAGUGAAGAAACAGGCCAUUUGUUUAUCAGAGGUGUCUGCCUCUAUUGCAGCAAAUCCUUUGUUUUAGUAUUUAAACCUAAUGCUCCUCAACAUGAGGCCUUAGUCCAAGCUUGGGAUAUAGCUACUACUCUUAUUCCUGAUUCAAAACAAAUAUUAAUUGCUGCCAAUGGAAUCAACUAAACCUAUUUAUACUUAAAUGUUGAAGGAGAAUAAUCUCUCUUUGCAGUCUAUGAUUAAGCAACAAUUAUUACCAAUUCCAUAAUCGAAUUACCGAGUUAUUAGGAUAAAUUUUCAUUAAAUUUAUAGAUCAAGAACUAUAACUUCUAAGAUAAACCAGAGAAAUUUAAUACAGUCGAAAUCAAUUAAUAAGUUACAACCAUUUCUUCUUUAACCAAAAUUAUGUUGAACCAAAAUGAUUUCCCUUUAUCAAAAACAGGUGCAUAGAUCUAUUCAACUGAUGAGACUAAAAAUUUUGAUUUGGGUCAAAAUUGGUAUUCUGGGUAGAUUGGAAACUUUGAAAUUGAUUGUGAUUAAUGUAAAACCAACAUUGAACUGUAAAAUCCUCUUUAUCAACUUAACUCCAAAAUCUUCAAUGGAUAUGAAAUUAGAGAUCACAUCAAAUAUAAUGAAAACUACAAUAUCAUGUAAGCUACAACAGGAUUGAUAUUUGUAAACCCUGACAACACUUUAGCAUCAGUCUAUGAUUUCGAUUUGCCCAACAAAGAAUAUUAAUGCUAUUAAGCUGCUGUUUCUGAAGAUAAAAUGAUUAUCUACUCAUUGUGUCAUGAUGGAACUGAAUUCACAAUAUAUGCUACUGGUUGUUUUUCUAUCACAGGUUGUUCUCCAUUGGGAGAGAAGUUCAAGCUUGGAACAGCUUCAAAAAUACAAUUGAUUUCCAAUCAACUUCUAGUUGUUUUGCAUUCAGAUACAAGCAACCCAGAACUUUACUAGGAUGGAAAGAUAGUCCUUUAUAAAAUAAUUAUGGGAGUAUAAAAAUGGAGACUGGAUAUUGUCGAAGUCAUUGAUUUACACUAUCUUAAUUCAAAAUUAACAACUCCCUUAAACGAUUUCAGACCAACUGAUUUUUCAGUCGUCACAUAAGAGUACCUUAAAGAAAAUAAGUACUCCUAUAAAUUGUUUAUCAGUGAUUCAGAGAGUGGUUUUGUAUUUUUAGAUUUCUCAUUCUCAGGUCUACUUGAGUAUGUAUUCUUGUCAGUUGAAACACUUAAUCUUCAUGAUUUUUUAAAUAAGCAAGUUGGCCAAUACACACUCCCUACAACUAAGUUCCUAUCAUUCCAAUUCAUUUGGUAACCUACUUAUGAAUGGAGUUCAAAUUUAUUGAGAGCCUACCUCAUUAUAUUGACUACAGAUGCUUCAUAAUAUGGUUUCAAAUUAGAUUUUACUGGACAACCUAAUUUUAAUACACUCCUUUCUGCCAAAUCCUUAUCUGCUGUCGUUGUUAGAUACGGAGAUUGGGUUCCAAUGAACAAACUAGCCAUUCAUCACAAUUAUCUAUAACUAGCUAUUCCUUAUAGAAAAGAAAAUGAAGUUGCUGUUGUUAUCUAUGACAUAGAUAUCGUUACUGCUAAUAGUGUUUCUGAAAUUGUUCCUACCAUUAGUUUUGGUACCUAUAGAGUACUCUAUCAAUAAUCUUCAUGGAUCAGUCCAUUGAAUCUAGCUGUGUUUUUCGAUUAAAAGAAUUUAAUAUUCUUUGUAUCCUAAUUUUCAGGUCCACUGUAAAGCUAUGGAAUCAGCCGAUCACCAAUCCUAUUAGUGAAAAACUAAGACAGAGCACUCAAAAGCUAAGAAAUCACACUCAUUGCUAAAAACAACUUUUCUGAGGAUAAAUUAAAAUUCAAAUUAAUCGUUCAAGAAGUUGAUAACAAUGAAUGUACCGCCAAGAUCACUAAUCUCUAGAUUUACCCAUCAACUGGUGAACAAUUAUUAUGGAAUCUAUCAUAAAAUAUUUUCGAAGGUGUUUCCUUGAAAUACAAUUAGGAUGGCACAACUGACUUUUCCAUUGUUUAAGCAAUAUCAUAAAUAGGAGAAUCUAUAAAUCAUAAAUAGAGUGCAACAUCGAUAGUAUCAGCUAAAGCAUUAGUCACAUAGAAUAGAGCAUGGUCUAAUCAAUUUGGAUUUUUAAAUAAGGAUGGUUCUAAAUAUUCCAUUUUUUAUACAGAUACUGCAACUAUAAAUAAGGCUCCAUCAUUCAAUCAAAUUGUUAACAUUAAAAAGACAGAUGCCAAUCUUAAUUGUUUAGAUUUUGUUUAAUUAUCAACUAACACAUUUGUUGUUGAUUGUUAAAUCUAAAAUAAUAAAUUCUUAUUAUUAAUUAAAGGAACUGAAGAAAUUUAAACACCAACAAUUACUAAUUCUUAAUUAAAUAGAGCAAUGGGCACUUUCCAGGUUAAAACUAAUUAAUUUGUUUUCAGAGUUACUUUAUCCAUUACAAAUGAAGGUUCAUUAGCUAAUGAUUCAUUUAUUGAAUUAUUCUAAUAUGUAAAUGGUCAACUAUAAGCCAAAUAAACACUUGAUAAAAGUACAUUGUCUAAGAUUUCUGGAAAAUAAAUAAAUCAAUUGAAUAUUGUUGAUUUCCAAAUUGGAUUGAAUGGAUACUUCUAUUUAUUAGAUGCUAAAUUGGGUAUCAUUGUAGUUAGCUUUGAUACAGAGUGGAGAUAUUAAAAGUGGAUAACAUUUAAAUUUGGUCAAGCAUUUUCAUUUGCAAGAACUUUACUUAAAAACUAAAUGGAAGCAUUCGUUGUUCAAGGAUACAAUUAUUAUGUGAUAAUUGAUUCUGAUGGAGAAACUAAAAAGGUUUAGGAUUUAUAAUUCAAUUCCAUCACCUAUCCUUAAUCCAUUUAAGCAAGCUCAAACUAUAUAUAUGUUAAGAAUUCGAUCUCCUUAUUUGUUUAUCAUUCUGAUGAUAACAAUAGUGGUUUAAUUGAUAUUAUUGAUUUAACAAAUGGUGCGUUAAUUGUCAACCCCUUCAUUCAAGAAAUUGUGACAGUUUCUUUGAAAGCAUCAGCUAGAUGGAAUGUUAGCUUGGGAUCAUUAAAAUUCAAUGGAGUCAGUCCAGCAACUUAAGAAUUCAAAGAUUUAACAAUUACAGCUACAUCUUAACAUAAUCUUUAAUGCUCCACUAAGAUUCAGUACCAAGUAAUUGAAAGCAGCAGCAAAGUUCCAAUCAGGAAAAAUAAAUCCGAUUAGCCAUUCCCUUAAGUUUUCGAUGAAUUAUUUGAAUAAUUCUAAAUGGGCAAUAUUCUAUCAGGACCUAAUCUUGAGUACGGCCUUACCUUGCCAUAAAUGCCUCUAGAUUUCAGUGCUUAGGUUGCAUAAAACAGAUAGAUUUAAGUUAUUGAUUGGCCUAAAUCUCCUAUAUACAGCACUGAAUUAGUAGCGAACGAUAGAGAAACCUUAUUCUAGAUCUUCCAAACUUAAGAUAAGAAGUUAACAAUUUAACUUUGUGUUUUGACUGAUCAUGUUAAAUAUGUUUGUAAAGAUUAUGGAAAUGUUUAACUUUAAGAACCAAUAUCUGAAUAAUUAUUUAGCAUAUGGUAAGAUAAUGAUAAUGUAGUGAGAUUUAUAACUAUAUCAUCCUUAUAUAAAGUAACAGCUUAUUCAGAUGCUGAAGGAGUUAUUAUAGAAGAGACAUCAGUCUCAUUUACAUAACAAGAGGGUUAAUAAAUAUUAAGUAUUUUAAAUUAAGGAGAUUACCUGUUUAUUUUAUAAAAGAAUGGAGUUUUAAGUAGUUAUUGGAGUAGUUAAUUCUCAUUUGUGAAUAGUAUAACUGGAAAUGAUUUGAUUGGAUAUGGUGGAUAAUGGAAGCCAUUAAAAUUAUAUGGUAAUAGAAUGAUAAAGUCAAACAUUGUAUUUGUUCAAAAUGAAAAUAACAUUGCCAUUAUCAAUUACAUCAAUACAGAAUUCAUAUUCAUUUAAUCUAUGGAUUAUACUUAAAAUAAUUAAAUCUAUAUUUCAGCUGCUAAGAAUUCAUUCUUUUUAGUUAACAAUAAAGAAAUAAUUGAAUACAAUUAUUAAAACUUAUUAAAUAUUUUCAAAGCAAAGACAGUGCAAUUGUUUGAAUACUCAAUUGCAAGUCCAUUAGUUGUAACAUCUUAACUCUCAACUGGUAAUCUAGUAAUUAAAACUACUAAAGCAUAAGAUGUUUAUUUGAAUAUCUAUAGACCUUCAUUAACACAACAUGAUACAUUCUAUUUAUCAUUUAAAUUAAACGGAAUUAAAUCGGAUGACUAAUUUUAAUUAUCAUUAGGAGGAUCUCUCUACAUUAUAACUUUUGCUAAUGGAUAAAAAAUUUAAUAAUUAAACUUUAUCCUACUCAACCCUGAGUUAGUUAUUAUACCAAUAAAAAAACUUUAAAAGUUUGUUUCAAACUCCUUGCUAUCGUUAUGGAUAUCAUGA